CGGACGCUCGGGGCCCCGGAGAGCGACGCCCUAGGCUGGGUCCCCAGCGCAUCCGAAAGGACGCAUUUUGCCGCACAGGCUAAGAUGGCGGCGGCGGCGGCCGAGGAGGCGGAGUUGGUGCUGCACAAGGAGCCCGGGCGGGCCCCGGGUUCGGGGAGGCGGCGGCCGCGGGGGGCUGCGGAACCUUAGGUCUGAUUCCCUGGCCUUUGUGUCCCUGGGACCUUAAUCUCUGCCAGAGGAAAGCAGGUGUGCUACUUCUCCCGAGAACCUGAAGAUGAGUUGUCCCAGACCCUUCCCCGUGAUUGGAAACUUAGGUGGUGGAGCUAAAGGUUUCUUGUUGCGAGACUUCCACAGACGACCCUCGUGUUGGGAUCCAGCCAUGGUUUAGCACCAUUAGUUGGAAAAAAAAAAAAAAAAGUUUUCUUCGACUGUUUCAGUAAUACUGACUUAAAUAGAGUUGGUGUAAAACUUUCUGUGUUUAGACUUCAGAGUUGGUGUGAUCAUUAAAAGUCAACGAGGGGAUAACACACAAUUGGGGGCCUGGAAUGAUGGUCCUGUUUUGUGUACGAGUUGAUAAUUUCCACCGAAAUAUCCAACACCAUCAUCUGUUCUGGCCAGUCCUGACUGAUGCCAAGCUUCCUGCAGCAGGGUGAUGUGUUUAGAUUUGCCUUAAUCGGGUCCACCCUCUCUGCAGUAGUUUAUCAUUGUUUGGCUCUACAAUGAAGGAAAACAUUUCAAAAAAUAGACAUCUAAAGUUCCUCAAAAAAAAGGAAACCUGCUUUUUGCCUUCAGUGCCAUGUGUUUGACUUAAUUUCGGAUGAGAUUGUUCUUGAAGCGAGAUGUUAAUAAGACAAAAUUUAGACUAAAUGUGUUAAAUGGUCUUGCCAAGAAUAUGGAUCAUCUGAAGAUAAACACCGAUAUCACUGGUGCUAAUGAAGAACUCCUAGAUGAUAGCAACUUUAUCUCGGAGAAAGACGGUGGAGCUCAUAAACCAAAAGAUUGUCCAGCGUCAUUUCAGAAAAACAGUGCUUUGAUCCAGUCGGAAGAAUUGUCAGAAAACAAAUCUGAAAAAGCCUUAAGUGGAGGCCAGUCUGCUCUGUGUAUACUUGGUGCUCCUACUGUUUCUAGUGAAAACUUCACCUUGCCUAAAGGAACUAUUGCUAAUGGACCAGUUUCGCACUCCUCCGUAACUAAGACUUCCAGUAUGAAUAAAGGCAGUGUUUCACUAACCACUGGGAAGCCUGUGGAUCAGCCAACCACGGAAUCAUGUUCAACUCUGAAAGCGGCAGCUGAUCUUCAGCUGUCUGCAUCACAAAAAUCAAGUCAACACCAAGUUUUAUUUUUGUUAACAGAUGUAGCACAUACUAAGAAUCCGACCCAUUCCAUUAAAAAACUACCUACCUCUGUUUCAGUUGGUUGCGAUGUCCAGAAUUCAGUAGUGAGUAGUGGCAAGUCAGAGAGCACUUUAAGAAAUAAAGUGGAGGUGGGUGAGAAGAGUGAUGAUAUAUUGGUAAAAAAUGAUCGUGUCAAUACAUUAGCAGGAAUUUCCUCAGGUACAGAUGAAUUUAGGUCAGAAAGUGAUAGAAACUGGGAUCCCCAAAAAGAGUUUAUUCAGUUUCUUAUGACUAAUGAAGAAACAGUGGAUAAACCUCCAGUUCAUUCUAAAGUAGGUAUAGAAAAAAGGAGAAAGCGAAAAAUGGAUGUAAGCAAAAUAACUCGUUAUACAGAGGAUUGUUAUAGUGAUUCUAAUCAUGUGCCCAGUAAAGCAAAAAUGCUGCAAGCCAACUUUCUGGAGCAGAGUGAAGAGGUACAAGCAGUAGACUCACAGAAAUACGCAUUAUCGAAAGUAAAGCCUGAGUCAGCCGAGGAAGAUCUGGAAUCUGGGGAUGCUUUUCAGCAUCUGGUCUAUAACCCAGAUAAAUGUAGAGAAGAUGGCUCACCUGUUCCUCCUAGCACUUUCAUUUCAAAUACCUUAAAAAAGAAAUGUGAAGAGAGUGAUUCUGAGUCACCUGUUACUUUCAGUCCUGAAGAGCCGUCAUUCUACCCCUGUACCAAGUGCAAUGUGAAUUUUAGAGAGAAAAAGCACCUCCAUAGGCAUAUGAUGUAUCAUUUAGAUGGAAACAGUCACUUUCGCCAUCUUAAUGUCCCAAGGCCAUAUGCUUGUAGAGAAUGUGGGCGGACAUUUCGAGAUCGCAAUUCACUUCUAAAACAUAUGAUUAUUCACCAAGAAAGAAGACAGAAGUUGAUGGAGGAAAUUCGUGAAUUGAAAGAAUUGCAAGAUGAAGGACGAAGUGCACGGUUACAAUGCCCUCAGUGUGUGUUUGGUACCAAUUGCCCUAAAACAUUUGUGCAGCAUGCUAAAACUCAUGAAAAAGAUAAAAGGUACUAUUGCUGUGAGGAGUGUAACUUCAUGGCAGUGACUGAAAACGAAUUGGAAUGCCAUCGAGGCAUUGCCCAUGGAGCAGCCGUGAAAUGUCCCGUGGCCAAUUCUGAGGUAACCCAGAGAAAAACACAAAAAAAGACUGUAAUGAAAGACUCUGUUAUAGGAUCAUCCAAAAAACCAGCUACAUACCCAUGUAAAAUGUGUCCUUUUACCACUUCUACUAGAAGUGUUCUAAAGAAGCACAUGGAAUACUUGCAUUCCUCAUCUUGUGUUGAUUCAUUUGGUAGUCCUCUUAGACUUGAUAAGAGAAAAAGUGACACCCUCAAGGAACCUAUAGAUAGUGAUAGUACUAAGCCAUUGGCUAAACAGCAGUCAUCCACAUUUCCAAAGAACUCUGCUUUAAAACAAGACGUCAAGCGAACAUUUGGAUCAAGCUCACAACCAAGCAAUCUAUCCAAAGUCCACAAGCGGCCACAGAGAAUACAAAAAGCUCGGAAAAGUAUCGCCCAGUCAGGUGUAAAUAUGUGCAAUCAAAGCACCUCUCCUCAUGAGACUGUUCCAGUUAAAGGCAGCACGGACCAAAAACCAAAGUAUUUCCAUCAAGCAGCAAAAGAAAAAUCUAAUGCCAAGGCAAAUAGCAACUAUCUUUACAGACACAAAGAUGAAAACUACAGGGGGAUCAAAAAAUCGGGUAACUCCUAUCCUCUGCACUUCAAAAAGGAAGUUAAUUCAUUGAACUCUUUACAGCUGUUUUCAUCAUCAAGUAAUGCUCAUGAUACUUUCAUUUCAGACCCUCAUAACCCGGACACCAAAAGGCCAGAAAACUUCAAAGACCACAGGCGUGUAGCUGUCAAAAGAGUAGUUAAGGGAUCUAAGAAGGAAAGUUCUGUUGAAGGAGAAGACUUGGAUAGCUAUCCUGAUUUUUUGCAUAAAAUGACCGUUGUUGUUUUGCAGAAACUUAAUUCUGAAAAAAAAGAUAGUUAUGAAACAGAAGAUGAUAGUUCCUGGGACAAUGUUGAGCUGGGUGACUACACUACACAGGCCAUAGAGGAGGAAGCCUACAGCAGUCUUAACCAAGAGCAUGUUGACUUAUUUCCGCUAUUUAAAAGGAAGGUGGAAAGCCAAGAUCCGGGAGAAAAUGCUUCUCUUAGUUAUGAUCAAAAUGAUGGCUUUUACUUUGAGUAUUACGAAGAUGCUGGCACUAACAACUUCUUGCACGAGAUACACGAUGCUGAGCAACUAGAGAACACAGACUCGUCGUUGUCCAAGCACGACUCUGUGUUCCACUGGGCUGAUCUGUCUCUUGAGAAGAAGUCCUGUCCUUAUUGCCCGGCAACAUUUGAAACAGGUGUCGGGCUGUCAAAUCAUGUCCGAGGACAUCUUCAUCGUGCAGGGUUAAGCUACGAAGCCCGUCAUGUUGUGUCACCAGAACAAAUAGCCACAAGUGACAAAAUGCAACAUUUCAAAAGAACUGGCCCAGGGACCCCUGUGAAGCGAGUUAGAAAAGCCAUUGAGAAAUCUGAAACUACUUCUGAACAUACUUGUCAGCUCUGUGGUGGUUGGUUUGAUACAAAAAUUGGGUUAUCGAAUCAUGUCAGAGGCCACCUGAAAAGACUUGGGAAAACAAAGUGGGAUGCCCACAAGUCUCCCAUCUGUGUUCUGAAUGAGAUGAUGCAGAAUGAGGAAAAGUACGAAAAAAUCUUAAAGGCACUGAACAGUCGUCGUAUUAUCCCCAGACCCUUUGUAGCUCAGAAACUCUCAUCGAGUGACGACUUCCUAUCUCAAAGUGUUAUACCUCUUGAAACGUACCGUAAUGGCCUAAAAACGGAAACCCUGCCUGGGUCUGCGUCAGAGGAAGAUGGGGUGAACUUCCUAAAUGAAUAUGAUGAGACAAAGCCUGAACUGUCCAGUGGAAGAAAGAACCAGUCUCUUACUCUGAUAGAACUGCUUAAAAAUAAGAGGAUGGGCGAGGAAAAGGGCUCUGCUGUCUCUUCUCACAAGAUCCAUAAUCAGACAGCAAGAAAGAGAUUUGUUCAGAAAUGUGUUCUUCCAUUAAGUGAAGACAGUCCACUUAUUUAUCAACCACAAAAAAUGGACUUGACUAUGCACUCAGGUAUGCCCGUGAAGCUUAGGACAUGUGUGCGUUGCAAUGCGGCGUUUACAAGUGCUGUUAGCCUGUCCAACCACUUACGCGCUUGUGCACGGCAGAAGAGUGCUGGACUUUUGACUGGUACAGCCUUAGAUUGUAAGCAGAAGAAAUCAAGGUCAAGAUCUGGAAGCAAGAAGAAAAUGCUAUCAUUACCUCAUGGUGCUGACGAGGUUUACAUUCUCCGAUGCAGGUUUUGUGGCCUAGUCUUUCGGGGACCAUUAUCUGUUCAGGAAGACUGGAUUAAGCACUUACAACGACACAUUGUAAACGCUAAUCUUCCACGGACUGGAGCUGGCAUGGUGGAAGUCACGUCACUACUUAAAAAGCCUGCCUCUCUUACAGAAACUUCAUUUUCUUUACUAAUGGCAGAAGCAGCUUCAUAGAACCAGGAGUCCUUCUAAAAAGCAAAUUUAAUUGGAUGUAAAUUUGAAAUUGUCUUUUUUUUUGUAAGCCACAUUAAAUUAUCCAUUUAUAAAUACUAAAGCAGGAAAAUGGGGGAAAGUGAAUUACAGUGACAUCAGAGCAAACUGAAUACUUAAAACAGUAAGUAGUCUAUCUAUUUUAUAUAAAGUGGAAAAUAUGUUUUUAAGGUUUACUAAGUUUUGGUGGCUAACUGGGUUUGCUCAGUCGAAGAUCUUACAUCUAAGAGCCAUUUUAAACUGUUGCACAGUUUAAGUAUUUAUUGACAGACUUAUGGGAAGAUUUAUGUUUUCUGCAGUGUUACCAGAAUUCAAGGCUCUGAAACUCCCCACAACACUUGCAUAGAAAAAAACAAGAUAUUAUAUUUUGUUGGUAUGUAUUUAGUGUUUUGUAUAAUACCAGGAACUGCUCACUAAAUUUACUCAAUUGAGGGCAUUAAACAUCAUGUACUUCAUAGUUUGAGACUGCUCCCCCAAACGGGCAGAGUACUAGUCUACCUGGAUGUGUAAGUGCUUUCUUAAAAUCACAUGGAACGGUUUUUUUUAUACUAAAAAGUGGAGGGAGAUUUGUUUAAACAAGUAUUUCUAAAAGAAAUAUGUAUAUAGUCCUGGAAUUAUUUGUGGUAAGGAAAUCUUCUUUACUCCAGUUGCAUUUCUCAGACAAUAAAGUGGUGCAUCCAUGCUACCUCCUACUUUGUCAACAAAGAUGCUAUUUACCCUUUCCAUUUUUGUAUCAUAAUAGAGUAAAAAAAAUCUAAUAUUCUUUAUUGCAAGACACACUUUUGUUAACAGAUUUGUUUCUUUUUAAUGUUAUAUGUAAAAUUUGACAUGCUUACAGGACAGGUUUGCCUCUUAUUUAACAUUGUAGAAAUGUAAUUAGUAAACAAUGCUCACUACACAACUUAGAAUAGGCUUUCUCAUUUAUAUUAUCUUCCAAAAUUGAUCAGUUAGCAAAACUUAAUACACAAAAUAUUUCUACAUAUGAUGAGAAUGUUUACAAUUUAAAUUUUAGACCUUGUUUUGGAUGUGAUUAUAUGUACGAAAAUUGUGUAACACUAUGCUCAUGCUAAGAACCGACAUAAUGGAAUUACUGAAAUAAAUGUGCUGUGAGGAAUGGAAAAUAUGGUGCAGGUGUCUUAGUCAUGAUAAAUUGUGGUUCUUCUUAAACUCUUUACAGAAACAAGUUGUUUCUUUUAAUCUGGUAUUAGAUUGCUUUACAAAAAACAUUUUUUGCGUGCAAGCACCAUUUCACUUAAUUUGAAGCAAAGAUAUGCAUUGAUAAUUUUCUUCACUUGUAAAUAAAGCUAAAAACAGUCAAAAUAAGGAGUAUUUUGGUAGAGUAUAUACAUCUCACUGCCAGUGAAUUUUUUUUUCCUAUGGGAUAGCUACUUACCAGAAAAACUCUAAAUAAAAAAAGAUUUAAAGAAAAUGUAGCACCUAUAAUGUGAAACUUUCUUACUGUUGUCACUGCUGGAAGUGGUCCCCUUGAGGUUGUAUUUCAUUGACUACAUUGUUGUUAUGUACCAGGUUUCUUUGUUUAUAGCCAUAGUUUUUCUAGACACAUAACACUGGUCCUUUUAUGAUUAAUUAAAGCUCCUAAUCCAGGGCCAUCUUAUGUAUGACAUUUGGAGGUUGGGCUAGAUGCGUAAUUCCCAACCAAGGAUCUCCUGAAAGUCCUGAAAGAAAUUGUACAUUUGUCUAUAAUGAUCAUAUGUAACUAAGACAUGAUUUUUUUUUACUUUUGACUAAAAUUAUACCAAAUCUGUAUUGUUGGUUAUGACUUAUUGAAGAACUUUCAUUGAAAAUUACAUAUGUCUCUCACUAUA